AAAUGGCUCUGCAUGCCAUAGGUUUACCAUCACAGCUUUAGUGCAUAGCUUUGCUUUGGGAAUUUAUAAGCGAUAAGAUCUUUUUUUUAACAAUUCCUCCUGGGCCUUCUGUGUACUCUCUUUCCCCAUCAGGAGGGCUUUGUCUCCUUCGAGGAGGUGGCUGUGUAUUUCUCCAAGGAGGAAUGGUCUCAGCUGGAUCCUGACCAAAAAGCUCUGCAUUGGGAAGUCAUGAUGGAAAAUUACAGGAACGUGGCCUCUCUUGGUGAUAAUGAGCAAGACUAUGAAGAGUCAAGGGAAUCAUUCCAAGGGUUCAGGCAUGGAGACGUAAUGGAACACCCUGCAAUUCAAAUGGAAUUCCACAGGCGAAAGUCCUCAAAUAAUUGGAAUAAAGAAAGCUCAUCUUCCAUUGAGGCUUACAUGCAGGAGCUUCUUGAGGAAGGGAGAAAAAUACAGAAGAAAUAUAUGGGGAAAGGUGUAAAACUAUCCAAAGACACAUCAGCGGUAAAUGAACAUUAUCCAUCCACAUCCAAAGGCCGGGAUUAUAUACCCAAAGACAAUGGAAAAAAUUACAAUUCUCAGGAAAAUGGGUCUCUUACAUCACAAAAAAGUCUUCCCAUUGGGGAGAAUCCAGAGAAUGGAAAGAGCUUCUUUGAAAGGAAGACUUUGAGUGCUCAGGAAAGGAACCACAAGGAGAAGCCAUAUAAAUGCAUGGACUGUGGUUCGGAAUUCCAUAAGGUUGCAUCCCUUGUGAGACAUAAAGUAAUUCUUACAUGUGAUGCACCAUAUAAAUGCAUACACUAUGGAAAAGGAUUCAACAAAGAGAGUAAUCUUACAUCUCAUAGAAGGAUUCACACAGGGGAGAAACCAUUUAAAUGCAUGGAGUGUGGAAAGAGCUUCAGAAGAAGCAGUCAGCUUACAUCCCAUAAAAGGAUCCACACAGGGGAGAAACCAUACAAAUGCAUGGAGUGUGGAAAGAGCUUCAGCCAAUCCAGUGGCCUCAUUAUUCAUAAAAGGAUCCACACAGGGGAGAAACCAUAUAAAUGCAUGGAGUGUGGAAAGAGCUUCAGCCAACUCAGUGGCUUCAUUAUUCAUAGAAGAAUCCACACAGGGGAGAAGCCAUUUAAAUGCACUGAGUGUGGAAAGUCUUUUAGUCAGAACACUCACCUUACUGGCCAUAAAACAAUGCACACAGGGGAGAAGCCAUUUAAAUGCAAGGAGUGUGGAAAGGGCUUCACUUUAAAUUGUUCUCUUACAUACCAUCAAAGGAUCCACAGAAGGGAGAAGCUGUUUAAAUGUAUGGAGUGUGGAAUGUCUUUUAGUCAGAUCACUCACCUUACUUCCCAUAAAAGGAGCCACAUGGGAGAGAAGCGAUAUAAGUGCUUGGAAUGUGGAAAGAGCUUCAAAAGAAGCAGUCAGGUUAUGUCCCAUAACUGGAUCCACACUGGGGAAAAGCCAUAUAAGUGCAUGGAAUGUGGAAAAAGUUUCAGUGAGAGCCGUUCCCUUACAUCUCAUAAAUGGAUCCAUACAGGGGAGAAGCCAUAUAAAUGCAGACAGUGUGGAAAGGGGUUUGGUGAAAAUGCAUCCCUUGUGAAACAUAAAAGGAUCCACACAGGGGAGAAGCCAUAUAAAUGUGCGGAGUGUGGAAAGAGCUUUAUUCAGAGCAGUCAUCUUUCUUCUCAUAAAAGGAUCCACACAGGGGAGAAGCCAUACAAAUGUAGAGAGUGCGGAAAGGGCUUUACCAAUAGCAGUCAUCUUACUUCUCAUAAAAGGAUUCACACAGGAGAGAAGCCAUACGAAUGCACAGAGUGCGGAAAGAACUUUACAAACAGCAGUCAACUUAUUUCCCACAACUGGAUCCACACAGGGGAGAAGCCAUAUAAAUGUUUGGAGUGUGGAAAGAGCUUUACUAAUAGAAGUCAACAUACUUCUCAUAAAAAGAUCCACACAGGAGAGAAGCCAUAUAAAUGUGUGAAGUGUGGAAAAUCUUUUACUAAUAGCAGUCAACUAACUUCCCAUAACUGGAUCCACACAGGGGAGAAGCCAUAUAAAUGUCUUGAAUGUGGAAAAGGCUUCUGUCGAAGGAGUUCCUUUACUUCUCAUAAAAGGAUCCAUACAGGGGAGAAGCCUUACACCUGCAGAGAGUGUGGAAAGGGCUUUACUAACAGCAGUCAUCUUACUUCCCAUAAAAGGAUCCAUACAGGGGAGAAGCCGUAUAAAUGCAUGGAGUGUGGAAAAAGCUUCUGUGAAAAUGGUAAUCCUACAUCCCAUAAAAGGAUUCAUAUGGGGGAGAAGCCAUUUAAAUGCAUGGAGUGUGGAAAGGGUUUCAGUACAAGCAGUGCCCUUACCGUCCAUAAGAGGAUCCACACAGGGGAAAGGCCAUUCAAAUGCCUGGAGUGUGGAAAGUCUUUUUGUCAGAGACAUCAUCUUACUUCCCAUCAAAGGAGCCACACACGGGAGAAGGCAUUUAAAUGCAUGGAAUGUGGAAAGGACUUCAGUACAAGCAGUGCCCUUACCGUCCAUAAGAGGAUCCACACAGGGGAAAGGCCAUUUAAAUGCCUGGAGUGUGGAAAGAGCUUCAUCCAGCCUAGUGGCCUCAUUAAUCAUAAAAGGAUCCACACAGGGGAGAAGCCAUUUAAAUGCAUGGAGUGUGGAAAGUCUUUUUGUCAGAGCCAUCAUCUAACUUCCCAUCAAAGAAUCCACACACGGGAGAAGUCGUUUAAAUGCAUGGAGUGUGGAGAGUCUUUUUGUCAGAGCCAUCAUCUUACUUCCCAUCAAAGGAUCCACACAGGGGAGAAGGCAUUCAAAUGCAUGGAGUGUGGAAAGUCUUUUGCUCAGAGCCACAGUCUUAUGGACCAUCAAAGGAUUCACACAGGGGAAAGGCCAUUUAAAUGCAUGGAGUGUGGAAAGGGCUUCCGUACAAGCAGUGCCCUUACCGUCCAUAAGAGGAUCCACACAGGGGAAAGGCCAUUUAAAUGCCUGGAGUGUGGAGAGUCUUUUUGUCAGAGUCAUCAUCUUACUUCCCAUCAAAGGAUCCACACAGAGGAGAAGGCAUUCAAAUGCAUGGAGUGUGGAAAGUCUUUUAGUCAUAGACACAGUCUUACUUCCCAUCAAAGGAUCCACACAGGGGAGAAUCUAUUCAAAUGCAUGGAGUGUGGAAAGGUCUUCAGUACAAGCAGUGCCCUUACUGUCCAUAAGAGGAUCCACACAGGGGAAAGGCCAUUUAAAUGCCUGGUGUGCGGAAAGGGCUUCAGUACAAGCAGUGCCUUUAACGUUCAUAAAAUGAUCCACAAAGGGGAAAAGCCAUUUAAAUGCAUGGAGUGUGGAAAGAGCUUCAGAAGAAGCAAUUUGCUUAAAUGCCAUCAAAGGAUCCACACAGGAGAGAAGCCUUUCACAUGCAUGGAGUGUGGAAAGAGCUUCAGGCUAAAGUAUUUUCUUAUAACCCAUCAAAAGAUCCACACAGGGGAGAAACCAUACAAAUGCAUGGAGUGUGGAAAGAGCUUCAGCUACUCCAGUGGCCUCAUUCUCCAUAAACGGAACCACACAGGGGAGAAACCAUAUAAAUGCAUGGAGUGUGGAAAGAGCUUCAGACAAAGCAAUGCCCUUACCGUCCAUAAGAGGAUCCACACAGGGGAAAGGCCAUUUAAAUGCCUGGAGUGUGGAAAGAGCUUCAUCCAAUAUAAUGGCCUCAUUAAUCAUAAAAGGAUCCACACAGGGGAUAAGCCAUUCAAAUGCCUGGAGUGUGGAAAGUCUUUUUGUCAGAGCCAUCAUCUUACUUCCCAUCAAAGGAUCCACACAGGGGAGAAUCCAUUCAAAAGCAUGGAGUGUAGAAAGGGCUUCAGUACAAGCAGUGCCCUUACCGUCCAUGAGAGGAUCCACACUGGGGGAAAGGCCAUUUAAAUGCCUGGCGUGUAGAAAGGGUUUCAGAACAAGCAAUUUGCUUAAAUGCCAUCAAAGGAUCCGCACAGGGGAGAAACCAUACAAAUGCAUG